AUGGGCAAUAUUUUAUCUCAGAUUCGUGGUCAUAUUGCAGCAAGGAAAAGACCAUCGCCACCGCAACCAUCGCAGCCACCACCACCACCACCACCACCAAACCUGUCAUUAGUUCUUAAUCCGAAAGGUCCAAGUAGAUCUGGAUCUAGAAAAUCAAGAAAUGGCUCCAAGAACAAGUAUGCGUACAUCCCGGACAACUAUUCUUCGUUAGAACAGGUUACACAAGCACUAAGAGAAUCUGGAUUAGAGUCUUCUAAUCUUAUCCUUGGAAUAGAUUUCACCAAGAGUAACGAAUGGACAGGUAAAGUUUCAUUCAAUAAUCGUAGCCUUCAUGCGAUUGGUGAUUUUCCAAAUCCGUAUGAGAAGGCCAUAUCUAUCAUCGGACAGACCCUUGCUCCUUUUGAUGACGACAAUUUGAUUCCGUGUUUUGGAUUUGGCGAUGCAACGACACACGAUCAGGAGGUGUUUAGCUUUCACGAUGAUGCUUCCCCUUGUCAUGGCUUUGAGGAAGUCUUAACUUGCUACAAAAGGGUUGUUGCAAAUGUGCAAUUGGCUGGACCAACAUCUUAUGCAGCUGUUGUCAACGCAGCCAUGGAUAUAGUAGAGAAAAGUGGAGGUCAAUUUCAUAUUCUAGUCAUCAUAGCAGAUGGCCAGGUUACAAGAAGUAUCAAUACAAGUGAUGGAGAUGUCAGUUUGCAGGAGCAGAAAACCAUUAGCUCAAUUGUUGAAGCAAGUUUGUAUCCUCUCGUGAUCGUUCUUGUUGGCGUCGGAGAUGGUCCAUGGGACGACAUGAGAAAGUUCGAUGACAAGAUUCCUACUCGUGGGUUCGAUAAUUUUCAGUUUGUCAAUUUUACCGGUAUCAUGUCAAAAGAUUCAAGUCCGCCUCACAAAGAAGCGGCUUUUGCGUUGGCAGCCCUUAUGGAGAUCCCAAUACAAUACACGGCUGUCACCGAACUCGGCUUACUUGGACGGGUGACUACGAAUAGGAAGAGAAUAACUCCACGACAACCUCCUCGUCCGAGAGGCCAUGCUCAUGUUCCUCAAGGAAUUACCAACCCGACAUCUACAGAAAACGACGAAAACAAGACCUGUCCAAUCUGUCUCACAAAUGAUAAGGAUAUGGCCUUUGGGUGUGGACAUAUGGCUUGUCGAGAAUGCGGAUCAAGAUUAAGCCGUUGCCAUAUAUGUCGCCAGGAAAUCAGCUCCCGGAUCAGGCUAUAUACGGGAUGAUUG